AUGGACCGCCUGCAAGAUAAGCUGCGGCAGGAACGGACCAACGACCAGCCCAUCCUCAACCGGUGUGACUUCGACAUAGUUGAGAGAUACGUGGAUUCUUCGAGCGAGGAGGAAGGCGGUCUCCCCGAUGAGCAACGUGGAGAUGAGAAGCAACACGGUGCCGAAGAACAACAGCGUCAUGAGGAACAAUACCCAAGUUGCCGCACCAGCCAGACGGGCGACCCCCCGCGGCUCAGUUUCCCACCAGCCCUGCACCGCAGCCUGUUGAACUUGCAAAAAGACGACCUCCAGGAGAGGCUAAACCUGGGUAAAAUUUAUGGCGCGCUUGAUGCGGAAACCGCUUCUAAAAUUACCAAAAAAGCCCAUCCUAUUGAUGGAAGGAGUCGUGAGGACGGAAAUAGCCAACCAAACGGACGCGAACAGGUCAACCAUGGCGAUGUUGAGAGAAAAGGAGGGAAGAAUGAAAUGAAGGAAAAGCACAAAUUGACCUUCCAACUAAACCAAAACGAAGUAGCAAAACUGCAGUGGACAAACCCAGUCAGCGAUGAAGAAGUAAGAGAAAUAAAAAGUUUUAGUGAAGUCAAAUUACAUCAAGUACGUUUCGAUUUUGAAGGAAAAUUAAGAAUACAAAUAAACGAAACUGAAUUGAAUAAAAAAAAAAAAAAAAAAUAUUCAAUCAUUUCGAUGGACUAUAUCACCACAAUGAUGAACCACUUAAUAGUGGGUACACAUUUCCAGAACUGA